AUGUCGCAUUGCAUGUACUUUAUUGGGUGGUCGGAGUUCCACGGGGAUGACCGUCCUGAAGUGUCACAUUUUAACAGGAACAGUGGAACACUCAAGUUAAAUAUCUUAUUUGGCAAUUGCCAAAUAAAGAGCUAUAGAAUGAGCACCGACGAGAAGAGGAAGAGAAACACAUUUAUCGACGUACAAAUUAAAGCACUAGAUGACAUCGUUGCCGUGAAUUCACUCUUCACGAUCGCCGUAUUCGUGGGGUUAUCACUGGCAUCUUCAAACGAACACAACCUGGGAGGUCGGAAGGAGUGUGAUGCCAAUCCCGGGACGGAACAAAGGCUUGUCCUCUACGAGGUGGUCUCAUUCGCAUUCUUCCUCCUAUCAAGUCUCGCCGCCACGACUUGCAAAGUCGUCCUCAACACAAGAAACCUAUUAGAUAGCGAAUUCGGGCUUUUCAAGCACAACCGGGACAUAUUGGUGUCGGUGGCAGGGAUCGCGUCGUUUGUUGGAAUUGUUCUUCUGACGCUUUCGAUGGUUAACGUCGUGGAGAUCAAGAUUGGGAAGCUGUCUUGUGGGAACGUUUAUGCUAUCCAAUCUGUGGCCAUAUUUUACUCAUGUGUCGUGUAA